UAUUUCCCUUUUUUUCCCUGCAUAUUUGUAUUAUUAUUAGUUCCCAUUUCCUCUUCACCUUCUCGAUCUCCGCUAUUUUACAUCCCUUCUCACGAUUUCCCCAACUUGUAGCGCCGAUCCAAUUUUAAUCUGAGUGAAGGAAGAUCUCAGUUCGAUCUCUCUUCUACGUGCCUACUCCUGCCUCUAGGGUCGGGGUUUCUCCGGCGUCGGUUGGAUUCGCCCUUCUUAGCCGAAAUUAGGGAUUGAAGUUGUUGGAGUUGGAAUCGGUUCGGAAUCCUUUUUCUGUUUGAUGCGGGAUUUUUGAUCGAUCUCAUGUGCAGGACUUGCUGCUUCGUGGGAUUUCGAAUCGAUUAAAAUAAGAAAACUAUGCCAACGUGGUGAUUUAGACGUCCAAGUACACCAUACUCUCUGAACAUUCCGAACAUUUUGAAUCUCCAUGCUUCGAAUGGUUGAAUGAUAAGAUAGGUCCUCAGUACGCUCACUGCUUGGUUGCAGUAAGUGGGUCGGUUUAUGGUUCUAUGAACGGAGCUUGCUUGGUUUCUUGGCUUCUAUGAGGUUUUGCGGUGAAGGGAGGCACUGGGGUAAGGGAUGGUUGUUCGAGUCGAAAGACCAGCUUUUUGAUAGCAGAAGGAAAUCUAUUUUUACAGCGGCUGGACAGCGAUAGUUGUAGAGAUAGAAUUACGGGAACCAGUCAGUCUUGGUGGUCAUAUUGGUAAAAUUUUUGCAGAUGUUUGCUUCAGGGACAAGUUCUCCGUCGGAAGCGAGUGCGGUUGCCGGAGAGGUUUUGAUUCCGAAAACUUUUGUGUGGCGUUAUGGGGGGAGCAGGGUCAUGGUGACUGGCACUUUUACUAGGUGGACUGAUCAUGUGCCAAUGUCUCCUGUGGAGGGUUGUCCCACUCUAUUUCAGGCUACUUGUCGCCUGGCACCUGGCAUGAAUGAGUAUAAAUUCUAUGUUGAUGGGGAAUGGCGACAUGAUGAGCACGAACCUUCUGUGUCAGGGAGCUAUGGGAUAGUAAACAUUGUUUUUGUUACUCGGGAACCUGAUUCCUUAACUGCACCCUUAAGCCCAGGGACUCCUGGAAGUGGAAUAAACAUGGAAGUGGAUCACGAAACCUUCCAGCAUAUGGGAACAGGUCCAGGAAUUAUGGAGUCAGAUAUUGAGACUUCUCGCCAUUGUAUAUCUAGCUAUUUGUCCUCACAUACUGCUUAUAGUUUGCUUCCAGAUUCAGGAAAGGUCAUUGCUCUGGAUGUUAAUUUACCAGUGAAGCAAGCUUUCCAUGUCCUUUACGAGCAGGGCAUCCCAGUAGCUCCUCUGUGGGAUUUAAACAAGGGUAAAUUUGUUGGAGUGCUAAGUCCACUUGAUUUUAUAUUAAUUUUGAAGGAGCUUGGGAAUCAUGGUUCCAAUCUGACGGAAGGGGAGCUCGAGACUCACACAAUAGCUGCUUGGAAAUCUGCAAAGCAACAAAUCAGCAGGCAAUUUUAUCCACAUAGUAAAUCAGGCCAAAGAAGUUUGGUCUAUGCUGGUCCAUUUGAUUCAUUAAAAGACGUGGCUCUGAAGAUUCUGCAAAAUGAUGUGUCCACAAUUCCUAUUAUACAUUCAUCAGCACAUGAUGGAUUUUUUCCACAACUGUUGCAUCUAGCAUCUCUUUCCGGGAUACUUAAAUGCAUAUGCAGGUACUUCAGACAUUCUUCUCGUUGUUUGCCUAUUCUGCAUCAGCCAAUAUGCUCUCUUGCCAUAGGUACUUGGGUACCCAAAAUAGGGGAAUCAAAUACUAAGACGCUGACUAUGUUGAGACCAAAUGCAUCUCUUAGUUCUGCUCUAGCUUUGUUAGUUCAAGCUCAAGUUAGUUCAAUUCCUGUGGUUAAUGAUAAUGAUUCUUUGUUGGACAUUUAUUCAAGAAGUGACAUCACAGCUUUGGCCAAGGACAAAGUCUACACCCAUAUUCACCUUGAUGAAAUGAGUGUAUACCAGGCUUUACAACUCGGGCAAGAUUCUACCAAGCCCAAUGGAUUUUUUGGGCAAAGAUGCCAGAUGUGCCUUGGUACUGAUACCCUGCAGAAGGUGAUGGAGCGACUAGCAAACCCAGGUGUUCGCCGUGUCAUCAUAGUAGAGGCUGGCAGCAAGCGGGUCGAGGGUAUUAUUUCGCUCGGCGACGUCUUCAAGUUUUUUCUUGGUUCACCAUAAUCUCUGAAGAUCCAUUUGGCGUCGAUGUAAUUAGUUUGGUAUUUCUUUUAAUUCUCCCACUUUUAUUAAAGGGCCUUUGAAAUGAAAGCCUCCUACCUUUACCUUCAUCAGGGAGAAUCCACAAGAGAGCUGUAAAUGGGUUAAUAUUCUCUUUUACCCCUCACAACAAAGUUUCUAUGUUUUCUUGGUUCUUUUUUUAAUUGGGUUUCCAAAUGCUUUCAAUUUUCUAUGGAUCAUAUAUCUGUAGAUCAAAUUCAUCUUUAGGGAAAAUAGUGACAGGAAAAUUGCUUUGGUUUAUCUUGUUCAGAUUUCUGCAGCUUUAAUUGAUAAUUUGUGGCUAAGUUUGUUAUUCU